AGCCGGGGCGCUGUCAGCUGCAGCAGCAGAACAGGAUCAGGUGGGUAACAGGAGACCUGAGAGAAGCGUCUCGCCCUUCGAGAGCCAUGUCAUCCUUCGGCUACGACCCGUACUUUUCCACCUCGUACAAGAGGCGCUAUGUGGAGAGCAGCCCCCGCACGGUCCUGCGCAGCGGGUCCCGCUCCGUCUACUCCACCCGCUCCGCCCCUCUCUCCUCCGGGGUGGCCCGCCUCAGCUACUCCACGUACGGCCGGGGCUUGACCGCCGCCUCCUCCCCGCUGCUGUCCAUGUCCGCCUCCUCCAUCAGCGCCGCCGAGCUGGACCUGAGCCAGGCGGCGCAGGUGAGCUCCGAGUUCAAGACGGUGCGCACCCAGGAGAAGGCCCAGCUCCAGGAUCUCAACGACCGCUUCGCCAGCUUCAUCGAGCGCGUGCACGAGCUGGAGCAGCAGAACAAGGUGCUGGAGGCCGAGCUGCUGGUGCUCAGGCAGAAGCACGGCGAGCCCUCCCGCCUCAAGGCGCUCUACGAGCAGGAGGCGCGCGAGCUCCGCAUGGCCGUGGAGGAGGCGCGGGGCGAGAGGCAGGCCGCCCAGAUGCACAAGGACCAGCUGGAGGAGGCCCUGCGCGGGCUCCAGGGCCGCUACGAGGAGGAGGCCCUGAGCCGGGAGGAGGCGGAGGGCCAGCUGAUGGAUGCCCGGAAGGUGGCGGACGAGGCGGCGCUCGCCCGGGUCGAGCUGGAGAAGAAGGUGGAGACACUGCUGGAUGAGCUGGCCUUCCUGAAGAGGGUCCACGAGGGCGAGAUCUCCGAGCUGCAGGCCCAGGCGCAGUGCAGCGCCCGGCUGUCCGUGGAGAUGGAGGUGGCCAAGCCCGACCUGUCGUCGGCGCUGCGCGAUAUCCGCGGCCAGUACGAGAAGCUGGCGCAUCAGAACAUGCAGGCGGCCGAGGACUGGUUCCGCACCAAGGUGAGCGUGAUGACGGAGAGCGCCGCCCAGCACGGCGACACCAUGCGCCACACCAAGGACGAGGCCGGCGAGUACCGCCGCCUGCUCAACGCCCGCAACCUGGAGAUCGAGGCCUCCCGGGGCAUGAACGAAGCCUUGGAGAGGCAGCUACAGGACAUAGAGAACAAACAGAGUGCUGAGAUCACCGCCAUGCAGGAAGCAAUCAACCAGCUGGAGAACGAGCUGGGAGCCACCAAAGAUGAAAUGGCCCGUUACCUGAAGGAGUACCAGGACCUGCUCAAUGUUAAGAUGGCCUUGGACAUAGAAAUCGCAGCUUAUAGAAAGCUGCUGGAAGGGGAGGAGUCACGCUUCAGUGCAGGAGGGGCCCUGUCCAGCGUCUUCUCCCAGGGCGUGUCAGCAGUCCCUACUUUCGGCCGCUCCGUCUUCUCUAUGCAGUCCAGUAUGAGCUCUGGCGCCCCCUACCUGCUCAGCUCCCGCCUGUUCAGCUCCUCCUUCUCCUCAGCAGAUGAGAUCAUCGCUGCCAGUCAAGCACAGCGGGCAGAGGCCAGCCUACCCCAAGAAGAGGAGGAGGAGGAGGAAGAGGAGGAGAAGGAAGAGGAAGAAGAGGAGGAGAAAGGAGAAGAGGAGGAGAAAGGAGAAGAGGAAGAGACACAAGAGGGUGAAGAAGGUGGAGAUGAAGAUGCAGUUGAGGGAGGCGAAGAGGAAGAGGCAAAGGAAGAGGGAAAGGGGGAAGAGGAAGAAGAGGGAGGGGAAGAAGAGGCUGAAGAGGGAGGAAAUGGCGAUGAAAAGGGUGAGGCAGAAACUGAAGGUGGAGAUGACGAGGAAGAAGGAAAAGAUGAGGAGGAAAAGGAGGGAGGAGAAAAAGAGAGUACAAAAGAAGAUGAAAAGGAAGAAAAAGAAAAGCCAAAGGAUAAAAAGAAGGAUUGAACCAAAAUGCCUGAGCCACUCGACAAUAUGAAUGAAAUCUGAAACUCAAAUCUAAACAAACUUCAAACGUGUGCUAAUUAUCAAGGUGCUCUAUGCAAAAAUGAAAAGAUUCUAUCCAUCACAUAGAAAAAAAAACUACACAUCAAAAUAAAAGCCAUGCGAUUACUUGCAAAGAUGCUGAACUGCUACAAGUUAUGGGUGCAAGAGUGAAUAAAAGAAAAAGCAUUUAUUUAAGUGAGCUUGUGAGAGAGUUUGUGAGAGGGAGUGCCAACUUUGUGAAUGUGUUUGAAUUUGAGCUUCCUGCCAACCUUUAACUUCUCAGUAUGUACCAUUGUACCAGAUGUACCGCUCACUACAUGUCACCACAACUUGCCUAUUAAAGAAUCGAGAAGUGAGAAUGAUCUAGAUUUCAGUCAAAAUGCCUUCGUCAAAAUGUCUCAACUAAGGAUCUGCGAUCUACUGUUGGGAAACAAAUGCAUAAAUAAAAAUUGAAUACCUGCCAA